AGAUUUUAGAGAUGUAUUUGUCAAGAUUCCUGUCGAUUCAUGCCCUGUGGGUUACAGUGUCCUCUGUGAUGCAGCCCUACCCUUUGGUGUGGGGACAUUACGAUGUAUGUAAAACUCAGAUUUACACAGAAGAAGGGAAAGUUUGGGAUUAUAUGGCCUGCCAGCCGGAAUCCACGGACAUGACAAAAUAUCUGAAGGUGAAACUGGACCCUCCGGAUAUUACCUGUGGAGACCCUCCUGAGUCGUUCUGUGCAAUGGGCAACCCUUACAUGUGCAACAACGAGUGUGAUGCAACUACUCCUGAACUGGCACACCCUCCCGAGCUGAUGUUUGAUUUUGAAGGAAGACAUCCCUCCACAUUUUGGCAGUCUGCUACUUGGAAGGAGUACCCCAAACCUCUCCAGGUUAACAUCACUCUGUCUUGGAGCAAAACCAUUGAGCUCACAGACAACAUAGUUAUUACCUUUGAAUCGGGGCGACCAGACCAAAUGAUCCUGGAGAAAUCUCUCGAUUACGGACGAACGUGGCAGCCCUAUCAGUAUUACGCCACGGACUGCCUCGAUGCUUUUCACAUGGACCCGAAGUCGGUGAAGGAUUUAUCCCAGCACUCGGUCUUGGAGAUCAUUUGUACAGAAGAGUACUCCACAGGGUACUCCACCAAUAGCAAAAUAAUUCACUUCGAGAUCAAAGACAGGUUUGCAUUCUUUGCUGGGCCUCGACUACGAAAUAUGGCUUCCCUCUAUGGACAGCUGGAUACAACCAAGAAACUCAGAGAUUUCUUCACAGUCACGGACCUGAGGAUCAGGCUACUGAGACCUGCCGUUGGGGAAAUAUUUGUAGAUGAGCUCCAUUUGGCACGUUACUUUUAUGCUAUCUCAGACAUAAAGGUGCGAGGAAGGUGCAAGUGCAACCUGCAUGCCACUGUGUGUGUGUAUGACAACAGUAAACUGACAUGUGAAUGUGAGCACAACACGACAGGUCCAGACUGUGGGAAAUGCAAGAAGAAUUAUCAGGGCCGGCCUUGGAGUCCAGGCUCAUACCUCCCUAUCCCUAAAGGCACAGCAAACACCUGUAUCCCCAGCAUUUCCAGUAUUGGUAACUGUGAAUGCUUCGGCCACUCCAAUCGGUGCAGUUAUAUCGAUCUGCUAAACACAGUCAUUUGCGUGAGCUGUAAACACAACACUAGAGGGCAGCACUGUGAGUUAUGCAGGCUGGGCUACUUCAGAAAUGCUUCUGCACAGCUGGACGAUGAGAAUGUGUGCAUAGAGUGUUAUUGUAACCCUUUGGGCUCAAUCCAUGAUCGUUGUAAUGGCUCAGGAUUUUGUGAGUGUAAAACUGGAACGACAGGGCCUAAGUGUGAUGAGUGUCUGCCGGGAAAUUCCUGGCACUACGGCUGUCAACCUAAUGUCUGCGACAAUGAGCUCUUGCACUGCCAGAAUGGAGGGACCUGUCACAACAACGUGCGCUGCCUGUGCCGCGCCUACACUGGCAUCCUCUGUGAGAAGCUGCGGUGCGAAGAGGCAGGCAGCUGUGGCUCCGACUCCGGCCAGGGAGUCCCCCCGCGGGGCUCCCCAGCUCUGCUGCUGCUGACCGCGCUGCUGGGGACAGCCAGUCCCCUGGUGUUCUAGGGGGUCACACCAGCCCUCCAACAGGCCUGUGCUGUGGGGGAAGCAAAGUCCACCCAAGCGAUUGCUACUAACAUAGAAAACACGCACACCCACUCCAACACAGUGUACAAACGAAGAGGGCCUAACUGAACUAAGCCAUAUCUCUCAGACCUGGACAGCACAUCGGAGUCAAGACUGUUCAUCACUGACUCCAGAGGAACUGGCAGCUGUUGCUACUGUCACUGCAAAUCUCAUUGCCAGCUGCAGAGCCGAUUGCGGAUUGGGAAGGCUGUGAGAGCGCCCCCAGAAAGGAAAGACAAAAACAAACUGAUCAACCAACCUAAAAAAACAAAAAAACAAAACAAAACAAAAAAAACAUUCGCUACUCUACCGUGGUGCACCCUAGUACCGCUCUGCCCAGUGUGUGGACCAGCCAAAUAGAAGCAUUCUUUGCUGUCAGGUGCAUUGUGGGUAUAAGGAAAUCUGUUACAAGCUGCCAUAUUGGCCUGCUUCAGCCCCCACCCCCAACGCCACCCUGAAUCCCUUCCAACCUGUGCUUUAGUGAAAGUUGCUCUGUAACCCUUGUUGGUUGAAAGAUUUCUUUGUCUGAUGUUAGUGAUACACAUGUGUAACAGACCCCCCUCCAAAAGCGCAAGCCAGUCAUACCCCUGUACAUUUUAGCAGCACUGAGACCCCCAGUGCCAGCUCACACCCACUUCACAAGAGUGGUUAGAGGAAAGAGAAAGUGUAUCUAUCCUUUUGUAUUCAAAUGAAGUUAUUUUUCUUGAAAUACUGUAAGAUGUAGAUUUUUUGUAUUAUUGCCAAUUUAUGUUACCAGACAAUCUGUUGAUGUAUCUAAUUCGAAUCAGCAAAGACUGACAUUUGAUUUGUGUCCUCUUUGGUUUUGUUUUUGUUUCAUUGUGCAGAGAUUUCUCUGUAUGGGCAACGAGCGUGCUGGCAUCAAAGAAUAUCAGUUUACAUAUAUAGCAAGUGUAAUAAGAUUCCACCAAAGGACAUUCUAAGUGUUUUCUUGUUGCUUUAACAUGGAAGAUUUCAAGAAUAAAAAUUCCCGCAUAAAUGGUAUCAGGAAUUUGUAUUGCCGUUUCUUAGAUGAAAGGAGCAAACUUCCAAUAGUUUCACACUCGCUUCACUGAUGUUGUGUGGACGGAACACAUUCAGCUGACGGCUCUAGUAGCCCAGGAAGAUGGAUUGAUGGUCACUAGCUUGGACAACGUCUGCAAAAUAUGAGACUAUUUUCCACCUGGGAAAAAAUUAUAACUGCAAGAACAGAAAGAAAUAUCUAAGUGAUUGCCAAGAUUAUGCCAAAGCCUGUUGGCGGAGUACUAAGAGACUUUUAUUUUUAAGUCAUGCUAUUUUCACAGAUUUAUGGUGAUCAUGUGACUCUAGGGAUGCUGAUCUAUGUAUCCUUCCAAAUACAGUGUUUACAUGGAGUAUCAUAAGAGGCCACCUGGGGAACCAGGACAGCAGCAGGGAAAUUGAGUGAUUAGCAAUUUGACUUUGAAUAUAUUCUAAGUAUUUAAAUGAAAUAUCAAAAUAUACAGCAGCAAGUAGACAUAACUGCUGCUCCUGAGAAUAAAGUCUGUUUCAAGUACUGCCCAAGGUGUAAUAAA